GUCCUUAUUACUUCAGCACCUUCGCGAGAAAGUUUUGUUUUGAUAAGUUUCAAAAGUUUGGUUUUAUUUAGUUCUCUUGCUGAGCUGGCGCAUUUAGUUAGUGAUUAAUGUGAGUUAAAAAUAUAUUGUGAGUAAAUGUGCCAUUUAAUUGUACUACUGAAUGGACUUACAUAAUAUGCAGUAAUACAGUAUUUUAGAAACAUCAGACUUUAUUUUAAUUUAAAUUAUUUGGAAUUGUUUUUACUUCGCAGCUGCUUUUCAGUGAUUGGUGAACCACGAGGGCAGCACGUCACAGAUCGUCAAAGAAGCUACCGGUGAAAUAAUUUUUAAUCAGAAAUAAUUGUGGAACUGCGCAGUUAAUAUUUAAAAAAAAAAAUGGUCCGAAAUCUGCUAUAUAAGUUAGGGCGGCAAAGGGGCGGCUAUAGUUAAACGUGGGCGGGCGGAGGCUACCCGGCUACAACAGGCUCAGGAGGCUGCACUAUCUAGCUGGCGACCGUGGCAGAAGCACGCAUUUUGAACGCCGCGGCAACUUAACGCUGCCUCGGUGUCGGCUUCGCGCCAGCCAUCGCCUCUCCCCAGGAGAGGCGAUGGCGCUCCACGAGCCGCCGAUGGCGACGCCAGCUGCGCCUGAGAUUCAGCGUAAAGCCCCAAUCGUCGUUCAGGAAACUGACCUCGAUGACGAAAUCGAGGAGUUCGAAGACGCAGAGGAACCAUCUAUGACACUAAAGCGGGCGCUAGCAGAUUGCGAAAGAGCCUUAGACAAAUUCUUCUCUAAUGACGUGGAAGCCGCUAUGAAGAUCAUGGAACCCUGGAAAAAAGUAUCGCUAUAUCACAGUCACGGGGCGGCGAUAUUUAAAUUCAUUCCGGCGAUGCUCACAAUGGACCCUUACCAAGUUCAGUUAGCUUCAAACGCCAUCGAGGAAACAUUUGAAAUAUGUGAUGGACAACGAAGGUGUUUCUCCGUAGCUGAAAGCUUUGGAGCUUUUCUUAAAAAGCACAAUUAUGAAAUAUACUCGGAAGCUCAGGCGCAUGCUGAAUUAAUUCGAGCAGAAGCGCUGCUGGUACAGGCCUGUCUCCUUGUAGUAGAUGGGGAGGAUCUCGCAGGCAUAGUACGUGCAACGUUACGCAUCAAGAAUUCACAUGAUUGUUAUAAGCACUGCUUGAAAAUAUUGAACAAGAAAAGAAUGUGGGAAGAUGGGAAGUCACGUGAACACUUCGAGAGCGGAGUUAGAAUGGGCGUUGCAACAUUUAACGUCAUGAUUUCGAUGUUGCCGCCCAAACUCAUCGCCAUACUCGAGUUCGUUGGCUUCUCAGGAGACAAGGAACACGGCCUUCGAGAAUUGCUCAUUGGAGCUAAUAAUCCAGGCCUCCGCUCCGUGUUAUGCACCCUGACGCUACUAAUGCACAACCUGGUCAUCGGCCAGUUUGCUGCCAUCCCUCCAGACUACGACCUUGCCCGGAAACUUAUCGACGAGAACCUCGCGAAGUAUCCGGACAGCGCGUGGUUCCUAAUGUUCAAAGCCCGCCUCGAGCUUUUAUUAGGUAAACCCGCGCUGGCUGUUGAAAUAUACGAAAAAGCAGCUCAAGCCAAAGGUCUAUGGCCCCAACUGAUACACUUAGCAUUUUGGGAGUGUAUGUGGGCUCACGCUAUGUUGGGAGAGUGGGAUAAAUGCGCAUUUUAUGCGUCCCGGCUCCUUGAAGACAGUGUAUGGUCGCGUACACUAUACGCGUACGUGCUACUCGCCGCUUCCCUCCAAAAGGAAACUCCACCUGACAGUGCAUGGAUUGAACAGCUCAUACAAUCAGCCACAAACUACAAGCAACGGAUCCUAGGCAGAUCAGUGCCAGUGGAGAAAUUCGCUCUACGCCGUUGUGAGCGAUUGCGCGCUCGAGGCCUACUAGUCCUGCCUUGUAUUGAGUUGCUCUGUCUGUGGAAUAUGUUUCCCGCUAUUGCAAAAGACCAAAAGCUGGCCGACAAUCUCCUUAAGGUCAUCGAGGACGAAUACAACAUGAUAGAAAAGACCAUCCUUGACUACAUAAAGGAAACUCGGUCUGCAAGCGCCAAGAAAACUUUGGAGGCGAAUGGCGGGAAAUUGAAGUAUGACGCUGAUGACUUCAACCUGAUUCGGUUUUUGCGAGGAGCAAUGCUUCUGGCUAUGGGCUUCCCACGACUUGCCCUUGAGUACUUUGACGCUGUCAUCAAGGACAAGGAGAAAAUUAAGGAGAACACCCACCUUAUACCGUACACGCUUGUUGAAACGGCGACUUGCCACUACAGCCUUGGAGACACCGACUUGGCUUUGCAAUUACUAGCCGAGGCGAGGAAAAAGUCUGGGUACCCUCUCGAGUCGAGACUGCAGUUCCGCAUCCACGCGAAAACGGAAAUGAUUCGGAAUCAGCUAGAGCCCAGAAAAACUAAUGCAGCCUCAAACGCGACGGCGCGAACAAAACUCGACACGCCCGCUACUUUGGGGACACAAGGAAAUCUGGUGAUGACCACUCCGCCUCUACCCGUCCCGGAAAAAGAGGAUGAAGACGAUGAUAAGAAGAAGAAGGGAAAGGGUAAAGACAAGGGCAAGGGUAAAGACAAGGACAAGAAGGACAAGAAAGAAGAUAAAAAAAAAUCGGCGAAAACUGUUAGCAAAGUUGAAACCGUCGUGAAUAUCGAGGGUGAAGUUAGCGUCUUACCUCGCCCGGCUUCGCCGGUGGCUGGCACGUCCAAAAUGGAUACGAUGAUAACAACCGAGGGUGUGGUGUUAGUUCAGCCCCGUUCUGGCGACGUGCCUCUGAGCAUGUCACCUCCGAAGAACGAUCGCAGCAAGUGACGAACGGCUUCAUGCGCGGACGCCGCGUAUAGCCGGUCAAACUUUAAAAUCUGGCGAUACUUCAUCUGCCCAGCUUUUCUACCAGCUACUGAAAUGCCGCACGAGCAACACGAUUAAGCAUGUGCUGACCGUCUAAAAUUGAUUUAAAAAAAAACUCGUGCUAAUUCCGAUAGGACCUGUUGAUAUGUGAAUUUUUAAACUGAAUAACGCAGUUGUUAAAAAUGUGAUCGAAGAGUUGGUUUGAAUUAGCACAUCACGACCCGGACCUGACCAUUGGACUAUUUACAAAUGGAGACUACUUCAUUUACAGGCAACUGAGCUGUCGCUCUCAAAGUUGUAAAACUAUUUUGUAUUGCCAUGAUAUGCGACAUUCCUAAUCAAUAUAUAUAUAUAUGUCAAAUGUUAAUAAAUAUUUUGUAUUUAUAUUGUAAAACGUUAAAAAUGAAAUUUUUAAAGAGAAUUAUAUAUUUGUAUAUAUGUUUUGGAUGUGAAGGUUUCAUGGAGUUUUGAUAAAAUUAUAAUUGUAUUGAAUAUUUACUUCCGUUUACGGUAUACGUAGAAAUCUUGAAUUUUGACCUUUCAAAGGUGUAUACGCUAUAAAAUCAGCUUUCCAUAUGUCAACGAACAAUUGUUAGUGUCUCUAACGAACUUUCCAUAUAGAUUACUGUGUAGCUCAAUUAUUUAUACACUCAUAUAGAUAAGGUUUUUGUAUGAAAUGUUUUGUAUAAGAAGCGUAAGAUGGUGUAUAUCACGAAUAAUCAAAGAUGUGGAAUCCCGGAGACAGGGCUUUUAUAAUCUAUAAAAUAGUUUCCAGGAAAUAUUUUGUCACAACCGUGUGCGAUUGAAUUCAUCCAUUCAUGUAAAAAAAUCAACCAUGCAUCAUCAUUAGAGAGGAAAUAGAGCAGAAUGGCGUUAAGCUAAUUGAAACUUCACUUCGAACGAUCAAACUUUUUUAAAGUAGUUUAUUUUAAAUGUUAUGCAGACUUUUGUAGUCAUCACUUUUAAUUGCAAUAAAAUACUGUAGUCUGCACUUACAAAGUAAAACUUAUUGUAGCAGUUAAAUAACGUUUAAAACUGUCAUAAAAUUAUUAACCUAUAAAUUAAUAAUGAAAAUUUGAUAAAUAGAAUAUUAAAACAGAUUUCCCUAUACCUCUAACGCUGGAAGCGUUUCCUCGCUGUACUGCGAAGCUUUUUCGAUGAGCGACGAAAGCUCCAACUCUGGGGUCAUCGGUAAUAUGACGCGCCAACUCAGUCUCUACUCCAAAAGGGACGAAAUGAAAGUCGGAGGAAAUUAUUCAUUUGUUUUACUUUUAUAAAUAAUAUACUAUAGUCAGAAUGAUUGAAGUAUUUCCGAACAGUUUGCUUGACGCUCAUCUGCUUGAUUUCUUCAAUGUAGGCCUCACUUUUUUAAACGUCCAUAAACAUUGGGUGAUAGUUAUGAUUGAAACUAAAAUGUGAUGAACGAUUAAGGUAGGUUUUUCUAUAUUUAUACAUUAUAUUUAAUAUACUAUACUGUCGGUACUUUUUAUAACAUUAAUCAUUCACAAUCAUAAAACAUUUUAGAAACUUAUAGUAUCUGGAAUAUAAUUGAACUGAUGUUAAAAUGAAUACCCCAUGUUCUAGUAGAAAAUGUAUUUUUCAUAUAAAGAAUAUUUCUAUGUCAAAUGUUUCUAGUAGAACUAUGAUUGGUCUAUCUAUUUUAUUUUGUCUAUUGGCUGAAAAAGGACAAUCGGUGAUUAGGAAGAAUCGAGUGUGCAUGUAAUGCGUAGUUUAUAAAAAAAUAGUUUAUAUUAUUUAUGUUUCAACAUGCAUGGGACUCAAACGACCAAGUAAAAAAUAAAUAUAACCUAUUGCUGUUAUUAAAUUUUUAGUACAAGAAAUACACAAUAUACUUAAACAUUUGAAAAUCAACGGUCGCACUGGCAUGCGGCAAGGGAUAUUAGGACGAAGUGUUAAAAAAACAAUUAAAACACGACUCAAUUCUAAACAAAGCUUGAUAAAUUUCAUUUUAAAAUGCAGCAUCAUAUUUGCCGAAGUUUUAUGUUGUAAAUUAACUUAAAUUUACCGACAUACCGACACGAAUCUUAUAGUAUGCAACAGGUAAUAUAAAGGAAUUGUUGAGAGCGAGCGAUGCCUCGCGAAUGCUUUGCGAUUUUAAUCCUUUUUUACUUAACCUUAGAGCUCCAAAGCGUGGCAUACACUUUAUCCCGAAUCUGAUAAUAAUUGUAAAUGUCCAACGCAAUCUCCCCGCUCGUAGAAUUUUUCAAUACGAAAUUUGUAUGGUCGCAUUUGCAUUUAAAACAACUUACGAAAUAAGAUUGGGUACGUUUUGGAUAAAUUUACUGUAAACCCUUAUUGAGUUUUUAAGAAUGGGUAUUAAUGGUUCGACCAGUUCCUUUUAUAUAAGUACAUAAAUUUAUACCUUUGAUGUAAAUAUUGGACAGAAGAAUGGUAACGAACGAAUUUGUUAAAGAUGGCCGAGCCGACUUUGUAAAUUAGGAAGGAUAUUCGUAUUGUAUGGCAUUUAAAAUGUCAAUAAAGAUAUGAAUGCCUAAAAUUCUGUUAUAUUUAUAGAGAACAUGUAUAUUGGCUUUGGAUGUAGAUAUGAAUGUGAUAAUCACAUAUAGAAUAUAUUCCUGUUAAUAUAUUAGAUUUUUAUAGAUGUUUCAUACAUAUAAGAAAUUUAAAUCAUGUUAGUGCUUGAAAUAAAGUAUUAUAGAACUUGAAACCCUUCGCAAACAUUAAUAACGUUUAAUUAAUGUUUUUCCAAAAAUUCAUUUAUAAUAAAGCUGUUCACAAACAAUUGUAGAAAAUAAUCAUUUUUAUAGGUUCAUAUGUAUUGUAUAUUCAAUGGUCAAACAUUUAUAAAAUUGUUAAGUUUAAUUAAUUUAAAUUCUUUGUAGUACUCUGCAUAUGUUUUAUAUAUUGAUAUGGUACUUUAAUAUUGACAGGCCCUGUGGCACCGUAUUAUUUGUGAUUCCCGGCAAACUAAUUGGUUAUGAUUGAAAAGUAUAGAGAUAGGGCUCCGACCGAGGAAAAUCACUGUCGCCGGAAAUGUUAGAAUGGUUUUAGUUUUCCCCUUACAUUUGUCGGGAAUCAACUUUUGUCGCUAAUUAGUGGACUUUAAAGACGUGUAUAUAUGUAUAUUUCUAAUAUUCGUGUUAAGUAAUUAGCUCAAUAAAAAUGUUAUGUCAAUUUAUGUGAAUAUAGUUGAUUUAGGGUCUGUUUUACAAUGUCCGGAUAAGUUUUAAAGAAGCCAUUUAUUACUUAUUGUAUAUAAACAGUAUUUUUGGGUUUCACGUCUGUCAGAUAGCGCUAUUCGUCAUGAAACGCGAAGUAUCUUUCGGAAUUUUGAUAUUUCGAAUAAUUUAUGUGUGGCAUAGCUAAUUGGUACUUUAUCCAUGCAUUAUGAAACAGGCCCUUAAUGUUAUUACAUAAAUUUUGUUGAACAUUACCGUUUGUUUAUUACGAAGCAUAUAAAGCUUAUUUUUUUAUCUAUUUUGUUAUUUACAGCUAUUUUUGUGUAUUGUAGUGAAUAAAUAUGUUGUACAGAAA